UUAAAGUAGAAAUGAACGGCAUUGGAAGUGAUAGAGGGUCUGUGGACACAGAAAGGUAUGGUAAGGUAAGGAAAGGUGCUGGUUCUAGUAGAACAGAAGAAGGGAGAACAUGAAUGUUAAUGCUAGUGAUAAACGAUUCAUUUCAGUGAAAUGGUUUAUCUUGUUUAUCUGUAAGGUGCCUAAUUUGUUGUGUUAUGUCUUUUGGUGUGGUUUUGAGAAAACGGUUAAAAGUUAUUGUCUGCGUAUUGAUUGUCUGUGUUUUAACGAACCUGUUGUGGUUUAGAGUGUGAAUUGUGUUUUUAGUUAAAUAAGGAAAAGCUUAAAUUGUGGAAUUUUGUUGCUUUUAGCACUUCUCAGAAUUCUUUUUGUAGGACAGCAAGUCCUUAAUGGUAAGUCAAAACAAAUUGUCUUUGUUUCUGGAUUAAAAGUGAAUGAUUAGCUGCCAGUAUGCAUCUAAAACAAUGUAUUUUUCAAAGAUUUUGCUCCACAUCCGUCAUAUAGUUCAGAGAAAAGUUUAAGGUUUUUUUCCUUUGCUGAUUUUCAUCAUUGAUUAACCAACUUUAGCAUCCAUAGAGUUGGUGAUGGUGAAAAGAAAGCAUGACAGUAACAAAUCUGCUUUAACAACAUCUGCAGUAACAACAUGUUUUUUCCAAGCAGCACAUAGCUUUAAUGUUGCAGGAAAGGCGCAGAGCCGUCCUGAGACCUCAUAAAUCUUUACACAGAAAACCCCCUCUGCUUCAUUGGGUGAGUGACAAAAAGAGCAUUUCUCAGUUCUUUGGCUUCACAGGAAGGAGCCGUGUUAGGGGGGUCUGACCCUCAGGUCAGCUCCGCUAAUCAAAUGAAGCCAUGACUGCAUGCAUGGAGAAUGCAUCGGAGCGUCUGCGAGGUGAUAAGAGUCGAUUUAAAAUACAUCUGAUUCAUCACUGCAGAGCACAUUUGAAGAAAAAGGACAAAGGGAGGAGUUGAACAACUGAAAAACAGUCAUUUACACUGCAGGAACAAUCCACUCUGGAUAAUGAAGGUGUUUAAAAAAAAAAAAGCACAUAACAUGAUGAGUUUAAAUACCCUCAGGACCUGUAGCAAUGUUCAGGUAUCGGAGGCCGGGACGGGAGGACGGGUAUCCCCUCCUGGAAGGCGUGGGCCACCCAGGGACCCCCCAGCAGCAGCUGGAAAUGGCAUCUGUGGCGCUCAGGACAUAUGGCAACGACUGCCCACAACAAGGUACCCAACAGCAGAAUGCACAGACCAGGAGCAGAGGACACGAACAGCACCCACGACCGCUCCAAGCUCCUCCACUGUGGCGAAGACCACAGGUGACAAGUCGGACAAUACCACUUGGUGAUGUAGGAGCCAUGGUCCCUUUCAAGCUCAGAGGUAACUCCAUGAAUGGACACUGGUGCAAUGUGUUCCUCUAUAAACUGCCGGUUGCCUCCAUCAGCUCUGACAAAUGAACAUAUGACUCCUCAAACCCGGCAAAAGACCAUCCAACUGACUUUUGACCAGAUGGUGGAACAUUCAUUUGUGCAUUCACCACACACGCCUGUGAAUCUGUUGGGACGGAACGUUUUUGUCAAAACAGGAGCCAGCAUUCUUUCAGACUGGAUGCCAUGCCACACCCCACAGCCAACCCCUGCUGCUGACACCUGCUGGAUCCAGAGGGCCCUGAAACGCCAGGUGUGUCCAUGUAUUUCGGGUUUGGAUGCCAUGAGUCCUGUCCUAGAAGCAAUAUUUUUCCGCCUCCGAUGACCUGAACUGCACAUUCUAUUAUGACAGAGAGGAUGAUCAACUGUACCAAGAAGCAUUUCAUCAGGUAGACAGCCAUACGUGGUAUUUAAACUACACUGACAUAUAUAUUGGUCAAGAGGGUGUAUAGUUUAUUUUUUAUUCACACACUCACAUUUGCCAUGAUACCGGAAGUUAGUCACACCUGUAUUGCACAUAGAAUUAGCACUCCCCUGGUCAUGAAGUUCGGCAACUCAGACCCAUGACUGAGAGGGAUGUAAACAAACAUCUGUCUAAACUGGGAUUUUCAGGUGUUCACUUCUCUCCCUCAAUAAAUAUGUACAGGAUAACUUUGUCUUCAAGUACUACCUCCUCAGUUCUGGAGCAUUUCUACAUCGUCAGUCAUCGCAGCAGAUAGAAGACAGAUCAUGAAGAUGCAGAGGUGAUGUUAAAAACGCUCUCUGAUGCUUCAUGGUCAAGAGGUUCAUUUGAUGUUUGUUCAUGCUCCACCGCUUCCCCGGUGGAGAUUCAGGUAACUGUAGGAACAAAUGUUUUUAGAUCUCAGUGCAGCUGAGUGAAGGAUGCAGAUGAAGGAAACUCAGUUUGGUUUGUGGAACUCUGGUGUAAUUGAGCAUUCAUAUUUUUCACGGUUUACUCCUUUGAGACCGGUUUUACAAGCAGAUAAUAAAACUUAUCGCAUGGCACAUGAUUUAAGGGCUGUUAGUGAAGUCAUCAUUACUCCAGUCCUCCCUGUGCCUGAUCCACAUAGCAUGCUGUCAACUUUAACCCCACAAUGUGUGUGGUUUGUGCGUGGUUCACUGCUUAUUGAUUUAGCAAACGCCUUCUUUUGCAUUCCAUUACAUGAGAACAGCAGACACCUCUUCGCAUUACAGUAUAAAGGUGUCCGCUUGCAGUACACACGCUUGCCACAAGGAUUUAAAAAUUCUCCUGGCAUUUUCAAUCACUUUUUGAAGUGUCUAACAGGAAUUUGCAACGUUGCAGAAGGGAAGUCACAUUUUUAGGUACAACUGUUUCCAGCGCAGGAUCUUCGAUGCCUAUGGAGCAUAGAAAGUCUGUUUUGCAGCAUAAAUGUCCAGAGACAGUAAGAGAAAUUAUGGUUUUCUUGAGUCUUUGUGGUUAUGGAAGACAUUUUCUUCUUUGUUUUGUGGAACCUACUGCUCCUUGAGGUCAAUGCUAAACGACAAGGGUGACAGACCUCACGGCUGCAAGGCAACGACAAUAAGUGGUUUCAUUUCUUCACCUUGUGAUCUUGCUUUUCACAGGACCAUGGACAAGGAUGCCUGUUAAUCUGAACGGUGCACUGAUCUGUCUGUUGUUCUCCUAUUUUAUGUUCAAUUUCUAUUUUUAAUCAAUUUAUAUUUUUCCUUUCAAUUAAUCUGGUUUUGUGUUUGUGCCUUAUCUCUGUUUGACUCUGCAAUGUUUCCACUCCAAGAGAGGGAGAUGGACAUUAGGGAGUCUUAAGGAAAUUGUUUUAUUAUCAUCGUCAAAUUGUUUUAUUAUUAUCAUUUAAAUGUAUUUGUUUAGAAGGGAUGUUUAAAUGGUAACUCAGAUUGACCUUUUUCACUUUUUCUACAGCUUUGUGUGUGUGUUCCUCUCGUUCACUCAUCCUGGGCACGGAUGAGGAAGUUUUACGACACUGUCCUGGGUUGAUAAGGCAGUCAUACGACUGUCUCUAAUGAACUUUUCUUUUUGUCUUGAAUUUGUUUCUUCCCCACUUGUGUUCAUAAUGACAGCACGAGGAGGAGCAGACCUUUCAGAAGAGAAACAUUGAUGGACUUUUUCAAUCACAUUUGCUGCUCUCCCCUGCGCAGGCGUAACAUGAUUCGUAGCUCAUUGUGUCUUGUGUUUUGUUUUUCUGAUAUGGUUUUUGGUUAUUGCUUUUUAUUUUAGAGUUCCUGACCCUAACGCUAAUCAAUAUUUAGAUCCACAGCAGAAUCAUCUUGGAGGAAAGGUUCCUAUGGGUGGACACCCCGAGCUCGUGAGUGGUCCAGAAUAAUUUCUAAUUUUACUGUUUCAGAUUCGUUUUUCACUUUCCGUGUUAACACCACUGGUCAGCCUUUCCCUGUUUCUACACAGGGUUACAUCACUUUUUGCUCACGAUUGCUCAUUUGUGCAUGGGCAAAUGGAAAAGAUCCGUGUUGGCAGAUUAUGUUUUGUCCAGACUUUAAUGCUACCACCACCACUCUCUUACGGACAGGAUUAGGCUUCAGUCCAGUCAAACAGGUAAAAAUCAUAGAAGGAACUCCUUCCACAGAUAAUUGGUUCCAGAUUGUGACAGGUAUCAGCGGGGAAGCCAACAACUGGUUGCUGAUGGUCGAACAAGCAGCAAAUGUAAUAAAGGAAGACUGUGUUGUGUGUAUGGGACCCCGUCCUUUGUUACGUGUGGUUCCCGCAGCAGUUCCAGCAGAAUGUGUCGCUGACUUAAUGACUAGCACAAUUCCUUUUAGCCCGGACUGUCGGAAACUGGAUCGCUUUUAUCCUCUGGCCCCCAGUGAUAAAAGUAAGCCUGUUUUUGACCGACGUGUGGCCCCUCAAAAUUUCUCAUGUUUCGUGUUACGUAAUGGAAAUGGUAGUCGAUUUAUAGGUAAUGUUACUGACAAUUGGUGUAAUGACACACAAGUUCUGACUCAUUUCCAGCCACUCUCACGAGCGGAUAUUUGGAUAUGGUGUGGCACAAAUCAAAUAUUUGACAGAUUACCCCUGAAUGCCGCCGGACGGUGUGCAUUGGUCACUUUGAUCUUACCCGUUUUUAUUCAACCCACAGCUUUGACAGGUGUCGCACCCCCGCUGACCCACCAGCCUACCUGGAGACGGUCCAAGCGUGACACGGGCUGGAUGGGCCAGAAUGAUCCGACAUACAUUGACUCUCUUGGUGUCCCUAGAGGCGUUCCAGAGAGUAUUCUCUUAUGGAUUACCCCUAAUAAAAACGUUGACAGAAUUAACUACAUCCAUUAUAAUGUUCAGAAGUUAGGCAAUUACACUGUUGCAGGUUUUGAAGCUGUGCAUGAACAAUUGAAGGCCACCUCCCUCAUGGCAUUCCAAAACAGAAUUGCAUUAGAUAUGUUAUUGGCGGAGAAAUCUGGUGUUUGUGGUAUUUUUGGUGAUCAGUGUUGUACUUUUAUUCCCAAUAAUACGCAAGCUGGUGGUAAGUUGACAGUGGCUAUUGACGGUAUGCGCACAUUAAAUAAGAAAAUGAAGGACCAUUCAGGUGUUGACACAUCCAUGUGGGAUGACUGGAUGAAAGUGUUUGGUCCCUGGAAAAAUUUGAUCUCCUCUAUUCUUGUUGCAGUUGCCGUCUUUACAGCUAUUCUCACUCUGUGUGGUUGUUGCUGCAUUCCCUGCAUUAGGUCACUUCUGACACGCCUCAUAGAGAAGGCGGUGGGCGACAAGGAUCGUGAGCAUGGGCAAUAUGCCAUGUUGCCUGUCAGUGAUCCUUUUCCCCCACCCCAGCUGUCAACUCAGUUUGUGUGAUUUUGUUCUGCCUUAACAUGUCUCGCUUUCCUCCCCCUUAAUUCCAGGUGUUCUUUUGCUUCACAGGAACUGUUAUCUUUUUUACUAUUUGAAUUUGAAUUAGACUGAAUUAGACUUUGAAUUUGUUUUAUUUACCUUAUUUACUACUUUAGUUUUUGUACUGUGUAACUUUUAUUAAUGACAUUGUGCCAAGGGGUUAGGUCGAUCUUGUGAGCAUGGGCAUCCUUCGGGGUGGUUGUCGCAGGAGCACGGAACCGUCGCGAGACUUUUCCUGUCAGACUACACACUGAAUGUUUAACUGAUGCUCCAGACAGGUUUCGCUCGCACGUUCAUGCAUGGACGCCUAACUCCUUUGAUAUAUUUUGUCACAGAUUGUGCGGGCUUCAGACCACAGCUGUCAGGUUAGGUUAGGUUUGUAAUGUUUUGUUGUUUUGAGUGUUGUAGUGUUAAAUCUUUUAGGUGAUCACACUUUGUGUGAUCAAGAGAGGGAAAUGUAGAAAAUGUAUGUUUUAAUAUCU